AUUUAUAGUACAUACAUACAAAGACAAAGUAGGUACGUCAAGUCAAGUAUUAUUUUCAUAUUUUGUGAUUGUGAUUUGUGAAAGUUUAGGUUUGAAAUUUAGAUUUCUUUCGAAAACAAAAUACUUCAACUAUGUCGUGUCGUAACGCAAGUCAUGCUGGGAGUUGGUACACGGAAAAUGGUUCAGAACUGUCCCGGCAACUGGACCUUUGGUUAUCCAAAGCCGAUCUCACCCAUGGACCAGCCAGAGCUAUAAUUGCUCCACACGCUGGCUACUCGUACUGCGGCGCGUGCGCUGCAUUCGCUUACAGACAAAUCAGUCCUGUGGUCGUUAAACGCAUCUUCAUCCUGGGUCCAUCUCACCACGUGCGACUCGGCGGCUGCGCCUUGUCCUCACUGGACAAGUACCAGACGCCUCUCUACGACCUCACCAUAGACAAACAGAUAUAUGCUGAGUUAGAAGCGACGCGGCUGUUCGAAUGGAUGGACGUACAGACGGACGAGGACGAACAUUCUAUAGAGAUGCAUCUACCGUACAUCGCCAAGGUUAUGGAGGAAUAUAAGACUGGCUUCACAAUAAUACCUAUUUUGGUUGGUUCACUAACACCUGAAAAGGAGGCAACGUACGGCUCAAUUCUAGCACCUUAUCUCGCUGACCCCCAGAACUUAGUGGUGAUAUCAUCAGACUUCUGCCACUGGGGUACAAGGUUCCGUUACACGUGGCGCGACCCCUCACGCGGGAGACUCUACCAGAGCAUCGAGUGGCUGGAUAAACAGGGUAUGGAUAUAAUAGAGAAAAUGGAUCCCCGCUCGUUUACCGAUUAUCUCAACAAAUACAACAACACGAUAUGUGGACGACAUCCUAUUGGAGUGCUUUUACAGGCGAUAGCGAAGCUAAAAAGUCAACCGCACGCACCACACAUGUCGCUAAAGUUUCUCAAGUACGCGCAAUCCUCUGAAUGUAUGACCAUGCAGGAUUCCUCCGUAUCCUACGCCAGCGCUUCUUUGGUCUUCGAAUAGGAAUAUUAUUAGUAUUUUUUGUAAAAUAAAAGUGUGUGUCAGCCCCGACGCACGAAUGGAGUUUACUCUUUCAGAUCGACUGUCUAAAUAGGUGUAUGUCGUCCCGCAGCAUACACUAUGUACGUCUCAAUACUGACGCCUGAAAAGGUGAAAGGUGCGCAACCGAGGUGCAGCAGGCCGCGGCGUGCGCUCCCGCCAACAACAUGCACAUGCGUGCAGGCACGCCCACGCGCGGGAGUGCACGGUGAAAGGUGCGCAGAAUAGGUUGCGCACAAAAACCGGUUUCAUACCGGGGGGUAUAUAUGUAAAAUCGAUUCUUAAGGAGUAAACUCCAAAAUAAAUUGUAAUAAAUGUUCACGCAUACGGGCCAUCGGAGACAGACACUGGCCAGCCCACAGAUUAAAGAAUAAUAGGCAGAUAGAGCGCACGGAACACAGACGGUGUCGUAGCCGCUCCAAAUACAAAAUUCAGAAAUAAAUACAUUCUCGAGUCAGUACGACACGAACCGUCGCAUCAGUAACUUUAUGUUAUUCAAGAAAAAUGGCGUCUUAUGUUUUUUUUAAUAUUUUAAAAACUGUUCACAACAACUAAAGAAAUAAAAUGAAGUAUUUUUUAUUAAUAAUUCUUGAUUAUUAUAUUAAUUUAAGUAAUUGUUGUUAGUGAUAAGUUUUGAAAUACAAAUUAUGAAAAUGUUUGAAUGUGCAGAUGUAAGGGCGUUUGGGUUUUUUAUGGGUUUUAUGGGUUAUUCACCACGCUGCUUGUAAAUAGUCAAUCUGGAUCAUCUUUAUUCUGUAAAUUAGUCUGAGGAUGGCUUAGACAUUAUAGAGCUUAGACACGGUACAUGCAACUUGUGAAUGGACUUCUUAAAAUCUAUACUAAUAUUAUAAAGGGGAAUGAUUUCGUUGUUUGUAUGUUUGCAUUGAAUAGUCUCCGAAACUACUAAACCGAUUUGUAUAAUUCUUUCACUGUUGGGAAGCUACACUAUCCCCGAGUGCUAUAGGCUAUAUUUUAUCCCCGUAUUCGCACGGGAACGGGAACUACGCAGAUAAAACCGCGCGGCGUCAGCUAGUGUUAUAUAAGGUUGUUUAUAGAGUGAUAUUUAAACCUUAGAACUUUCGCUUGGAAAUACAUCAGAAUACAAUUACUAUAAUUUGGAGAGUUAAGAUUGAGAAUUAAAAAAAAAACGCUUAAUAUUAAAAAAAAUACAAUAUAAAAAUGCGUUAUUCGUAUAAAAAAUAAACUUACAAAGGAUGAACAAAAUAAGGUAAUAUUUAAUUUAAUAGAAUUUAAUACAUUUUGCACUACUAACAAAAUGAUUUUUUUUUAUUAAUAAUUACUUUUUCAUUUAUUAUUGCAAGAUUAUUAAUAUACAAUAUUUUUCUGUUUAAAAUAAUAAAAAAGGAAAAUUUAUAAUAAGUUAAAUAUUUGUUGAAUUAUUAUUUAGCUGAUAAGAUUGUAUUAAUAUCUAUUUAGUUUACAUUCAAGGCAACUAAGAAUAGUUAUAAUUAAAAAAAAGUUGUAUCGUAAUAUGCCUGAUGCCUGAGCUAAGUAUAUGAGCUAAAUAUAUGAGGAAAAAAAACCAUUUUUUUUUUUUUUAAUUUCAUGAAGACUAGAGAGUUUUCUUGGCAAGAGACUUAAUAGCUGGCCACACUAGGCAUAAAUUAUUUAACAGACUUAUGAGCUUUUUUGGAUUGUAAACCAAAAUGGAGUAAAAAUAACUUGGUUGUUUUUUUAUUAGUUUUGUUUUUUUAUUGAUUUAAAGUUAUAAAAACCGUUUUUUUAACGUUAUCCUGUUACGUUUUUAUAACGUUUGAGCCCCGAUUUUUUCUCUAUCUCUCUCUGUCUUACACCAUACUAUAGAUGGAGAUAGAUGGAGAUGAUUUCAAUAUUCACAUUGUCGAGUUAUAAAGACUAUAGUUACAAAAUACGGUUAAAUUUAAUUAUGAGUGUUUGUUUAUUAUGCUCUUACCCCUAUUCAUAAACAUAGAUGAAGAUUUAAACAUUUUUCUUCAAUGAUUUACGUCAUAGUAAAGUAGACCAUAAAUACUACUUUUUAAAGUUUACUUUACUUUGAAGAAAUUUGAGGUUUAAAUCCUAGUCCUUGUUUAUAAAUAAGAGUGUUAAUGUAUUAUUUAUGUAUAUUUUUACAUGGUUGUCUAUUUAGAAGGAAUGUAAGCUUCAAAAUUAAUCUCAUAAAUUAAAAAUUAACCUCGGUCUCAAUUUAGCAUUUAUUUCGUAAGGUGUCCAAUAAAGAUUUAAGUUGC